CAGCAGCGGGCGGCGGCAUGGAGAAGCCGGGCGAGAGCUGGAACGGCCACGUGCCGGGCGGCGCCCUGGCCGGGCUGGAGGCGGCGGCGGAGCCGGCCCGGCGGCGGGGCCGGGGCUGCGGCCGCUGCCUGAGGAAGCACUGCCUGGUCAUCCUGACCGUGGCCGGCGUGCUGCUCGGGGUGGCCCUGGGCGCGGCCGUCCGCGGCGCGCACCUCAGCCGGGCGCAGGUGGCCGCCCUGGCCUUCCCCGGCGAGCUGCUGCUGCGCAUGCUGCGCAUGGUCAUCCUGCCGCUGGUGGUCUGCAGCCUGGUCUCCGGCGCCGCCAGCCUGGACACGCGGGCCCUGGGCAAGCUGGGGGGCCUCGCCGUCGCCUACUUCAUGGGCACCACCCUGGUGGCCUCCGCGCUGGCCGUCGCCUUGGCCUUCAUCGUCCGGCCGGGGGCGGGGGCCCAGGCGCUGAACACCAACGCCCUGGGGCUGGCCGACGCGCUGCCCACCAACAAGGAGACGGUGGACUCCUUCCUGGACCUCGCCAGAAACCUGUUUCCUUCCAACCUGGUUGUUGCAGCUUUUCGAACGUAUGCAACGGAUUAUAAGAUAAUAGUAAGAAACAUCUCUGUUGGAAAUGUUACGUUUGAGAAGAUCCCUAUUGGCACAGAGAUUGAAGGGAUGAAUAUUCUGGGACUGGUUUUGUUUGCUCUGGUUUUGGGAGUAGCUUUGAAAAAGCUUGGCCCAGAAGGAGAAGAACUGAUUCGUUUCUUUAACUCAUUCAAUGAGGCAACUAUGGUCUUGGUGUCUUGGAUUAUGUGGUAUGUGCCUAUUGGCAUUACGUUCCUUGUUGGAAGCAAGAUUGUAGAAAUGGAAGAUAUUGUCCUUCUGGUAACCAGCCUGGGAAAAUACAUCUUUGCCUCAAUUCUGGGUCACGUCAUCCAUGGAGGAAUCAUUUUGCCGCUUAUAUAUUUUGCAUUCACACGCAAAAAUCCUUUCAGCUUUCUCUUAGGACUUAUAACACCAUUCGCAACAGCCUUUGCCACGUGUUCAAGCUCAGCUACUCUCCCAUCAAUGAUCAAGUGUAUUGAAGAAAACAAUGGAGUAGACAAGAGGAUCAGUAGAUUCAUCCUUCCAAUUGGGGCCACUGUGAACAUGGAUGGAGCUGCUAUAUUCCAGUGCGUGGCAGCUGUGUUUAUUGCUCAGCUGAAUAAUGUUGACCUCAAUGCUGGACAGAUCUUUACUAUUCUUGUGACUGCCACUGCAGCCAGCGUUGGAGCGGCUGGAGUCCCAGCUGGAGGAGUUCUGACCAUUGCUAUUAUCCUGGAGGCCAUUGGACUUCCCACCAACGAUCUAUCCUUGAUAUUAGCAGUGGACUGGAUUGUGGACCGAACCACCACUGUUGUGAACGUUGAAGGAGAUGCCCUGGGAGCAGGUAUCCUCCAUUAUCUGAAUCAAAAAGAAAAGGCGGCUAAAGAGGAGGAGCUAAAUGAAGUCAAUGUAGAAGCGAUUCCCAACUGCAAAUCUGAAGGGGAAACAUCACCUCUGGUAACACACAGGAACCAAGUCCCCACCCCAGCCAGCACUGCGGAGCCAGAGUCAAAAGAAUCAGUACUGUGAACUCGGGGAAAACUUGCAAACAGGUGGACUGCUGCCUUGUUAACAUGCUAGACCAUUUACACUGCAGUUAGGAACUGGCUGUGUAUUCACCUUUUGAGUUUCAGUGGCAAUGAUUUGAAGCUAUAGACUUGUUAGGCGUGUGUCUAUCUGUCUCUCCCUGGAGAGAGCAAUCACUGCAUUAUGAUGUUUCCUACAACACAGGUAUGUCUGUGGUGUGUGUACAUGCAUACAUGUGUAUGACAACAGUACCAAUAAGGAUUCUUUUUUGGGGUUAAAAAGAUAUUUAUUAGUAAAAGUCCAUGGGGAGGGGAAAAGAGGCUAA